CGCAACCGAGGAAAAAUGAGGAAAAGCAGAAGUGUUCUCUCAGUCUCUCCCAACAAUGACUGCAAAGAGCCUCCAGAUUGCUGCUUCAGUGAGUCUUUCACCUCUCCGUCGUACACGCUGGGUGUUGACCUGCGCCGUGGCCGACGCCGUUUCUCAGGCAACCUGCAGUUACCCCCGUUGUCAUGGCGUCAGGGGUCAAGGACACCUGAUGAAGAAAUCAUAGCGAGGCCAACAUCUUUGCCCUUUGGAGCCCCUCCCAGGAUAGAUAUCACGCCGGUUGAUCCCGAAUGUUUUGAUGUGGAGAAUGGCCCGUCCACCAGCUGCAGCCCUCUGGACCCCCAGGCCUCCCCAGGUUCUGGGCUGGUCCUCCACACUAACUUCCCCGGUCAUAACCAGCGGCGUGAGUCCUUCCUCUACCGCUCUGAUAGCGACUAUGACCUGUCACCCAAGUCCAUGUCACGAAACUCCUCCAUCGCCUCUGAACUACAUGGAGAUGACCUGAUCGUGACACCUUUUGCUCAGGUUCUGGCAAGCCUUCGAAGUGUGAGGAAUAACUUCACUGUACUGACCAAUGUCCAGUGUGCCUCCAGCAAGAGGUCUCCGGCAGCAACUCAGCCUCCCAUCACCAGAGUGUGUCUCCCAGAUGAGGCGUACCAGAAGCUGGCCACGGAGACGAUGGAGGAGUUGGACUGGUGUCUGGACCAGCUGGAGACCAUCCAGACCUACCGCUCCGUCAGUGACAUGGCUUCCAAUAAGUUCAAGAGGAUGUUGAAUCGGGAGUUGACGCACCUAUCUGAGAUGAGUCGGUCCGGGAAUCAGGUUUCCGAAUUCAUCUCCAACACCUUCCUAGACAAACAGAAUGAGGUGGAGAUGCCGUCGCCGACAUCCAAGGCGCGAGAGAAGAAGAAGCAGACGAGGCAGCAGCUGAUGACACAGAUCAGCGGAGUCAAAAAGGUUUCCCAUAGUCCUUCGCUCUCCACCAGCAGCAUCUCGCGCUUCGGCGUCAAGACCGAUAAGGAGGAGCUGCUGUCCAAAGAGCUGGAGGACCUCAACAAGUGGGGCCUGAACAUCUUCACCGUUUCAGAGUACUCCCACAGUCGGCCUCUUACCUGCAUCAUGUACGCCAUCUUCCAGGAGCGAGACCUGUUAAAGACAUUUCAAAUCCCUGUGGAUACGUUCGUGGCCUACAUGAUGACAUUGGAGGACCACUACCAUUCAGAUGUGGCCUACCAUAACAGCCUGCAUGCUGCUGACGUAGCCCAAUCCACACACAUCCUCCUCUCCACUCCAGCCCUAGAUGCGGUGUUCACAGAUCUUGAGAUCCUAGCAGCCAUCUUUGCUGCAGCUAUCCAUGAUGUUGACCAUCCUGGAGUAUCAAACCAAUUCCUAAUCAACACCAACUCUGAGCUGGCGUUGAUGUACAACGAUGAGUCUGUGCUGGAGAACCAUCACCUGGCUGUGGGAUUCAAGCUACUACAGGAAGACAACUGUGAUAUAUUCCAGAACGUUCCUAAGAAGCAGCGACAGUCCCUCCGCAAGAUGGUCAUCGACCUGGUUUUGGCCACUGACAUGUCCAAACACAUGAGUCUGCUGGCUGAUCUGAAGACUAUGGUGGAGACAAAGAAGGUGACGAGCUCAGGAGUGCUGCUGCUGGAUAACUACACAGACAGGAUACAGGUGCUGCGUAACAUGGUGCACUGUGCCGACCUGAGUAACCCCACCAAGUCCCUGGAGCUGUAUCGUCAGUGGACUGAUCGGAUAAUGGACGAGUUCUUCCACCAGGGAGACAGAGAGAGGGAGAGGGGGAUAGAGAUCAGUCCUAUGUGUGAUAAACACACAGCCUCCGUGGAGAAGAGCCAGGUGGGUUUCAUCGACUACAUCGUGCACCCUCUGUGGGAGACGUGGGCCGAUCUGGUCCACCCUGACGCCCAGGACAUUCUGGACACGCUGGAGGACAACAGGAACUGGUACCAGAGCAUGAUCCCCCAGAGCCCCUCCCCGCCCUUCUACGACCAGGGCGUGCACGGACACAGUGGAGGGAAUGGAGGUCAGGGAGGAGGGGAGAAGUUUCAGUUUGAGCUCACCGUGGAGGAGGAGGACUUGAAUGGAAUAGAGAAAGAUGGCGAAGGGGAGGAGGAUGAGGAAGAAGAAGAAGAGGAGUUGGAAGAGGAGUUGGAAGAGGAAGAAGAUAGCCUGGGAGAUUCUCGUUCUCCUCCCCUGGACUAUUUGGACGGUCAGGAGCUUGAGGAGGGAGUCAUGAUAGAGCCGGCGAUAGAGAUUGUGACCCAUGAGGCGUCGCCCACAGACACAUAGGGCUUCCAUCAUUAGGCUCACAUGGUGAUUUGAACGUUUUUGGCAAAAGGGGGAGAUCCUCUUGCAGCUGUGCUUUUUAAUAAGCCCAUAGAAGCAAAGGCUUAGUUUGGUCCCUCACAGGGGCGUUUGCACUUGGGUGUUUGAAGCCAGACACGGACGGACAGUUUCGGUGAGGCGGCUUCAGAGUUCUCAGGAAAUAAUUACUGCGAACAUUUUAGUCUUGAUGGACAGGCGAGACUGAGAGUCGAACUUGAAGGAUUGCGGCCAGUUUGGGAAAUAGUUACUCUUCUUUCUGGACCGGCAUUAAAUGGACAUUGACACUACUGAGAGAAGUUUUGUACCUUAAGACUUUUUUACAGAUAUGAUAUGAUCUAGAAGUAGCAUAGAUUAAGAUCUACUGAUGGAGACACAUUUGUAUAGCAAAAGAAAGUGUUUACUUUUUCCUGUACCAUUUGUCAAAGGACUUUUGUGUGCCUUUUUUACUAUUGUCUUUAUAAUAGUUUUUUAUUUAUUGAACACUCUAGUAUGUCUGUGAAAUGUUUUUUUCUUAUCUGAAAGAGCAAAAUCUUUUUUUGUAUGGUAAAGAGAACAGUCUUCCAUGUAUUGGGCAAUAGAGAAAUCCAAACAAACGUCGACAAACUAAUCUGAAUAGGGAAACAUUAACACCCACAUUAUACGCACAUUCUGUCACUUUUGUUUUUCAAUCUGAGCACAAUGUUUCAUACAUGGAAUUCAAAUGCUUAAUUUCCCUCAUGCUUCAUGUUACAUGAAUGUUUGUUGCUUUCUUUAGCAGUUGUUGGUCAAUGAAUGUCACAGUUACACUAAAUCAUCUAUAUUCAUCUCUA